AUGAAUCCGAAGACGAAAGAAGUUUCUGGUUUCUACAAACUUAACGAUAUGAAAGAAGAUGAUGAAAAAGAACUUGAAUUCUCAUUCAGUUCUUCGAAUCCAGGAAGUUACAAACUUUUUGUUUUCAUUGGUUAUUCAAAUGAAAACAGAGAGUUGAUUGGCAUGAAAAAGUACUUUUCGAAUGUAGAAGUUUUCCAAGAAUCAUCAUCUGAUAUUCCUUUGUAUCCAUGCUUCAGAAGUGAAGCAAUUGGAAAGACGAAAGAGCCAAAUUUCAAACUUUCGUUGAAUCUGGAAAACAAUAAUUUGGAAAUUUUGGUUUCUCCAAAAUCAGAAUCACUGAAAGACCUAAAAUUAGAAGUUUCUGGGAUGAUUGUUGGAAAGAGCAUAAUAAGAAUUGAACACAUCAAAAGAGGGAACUCAUUUUCUCAUAAAGUUGUAGUUCUUUCUUACAAAAAUUUGAUUGUAAGAGUUCACACAAAACUUACUUCUUAUGCGACUAAUAUAUCAAAGUAUUUGGAAUACUUAUCAAAGUAA